UUACAGCCACCACCACUGUAGAUGAAUGGAUCGUAGUUCUAAAAUGCUGUUCCCUAUGCAGCGGCCCGCACACCUAACGAUGUGAACCUCGUUCCGAAAAGCCGGCCGCCAUAUAUCAAUUGAGUCCGCGAAAAUGCCACGUUUCCACAAGUUCAGUGUGUGUACAACUAUCGUACCUCUGUGAGGAUGUUCGUGGCAAUAAAAGCAUUCCCUGCUCGUAUUCAUAAAACUAUCCAAAGCGAUGCGCAUCGCGUGCUUGCGAGGACCACGCGCGAGUAAAAGACGAAGCGCCCAUCUGCGUUCGAUGCUGCACGAGACGCUGCACGAGAGUAACCAGCCAACCGAGCGAGCAUCUAGGACACGGUGGCCCCUUCCUUCACGGGUUCCUGGAUGCGAAGGCACCCUCACGCAAGGCGUCAACGGCGCACUGAUGACGUCCGCCGUCCAGUCUCACUCUGCUACCGACGUGGUGACGGCGGGGCUACGCAGCGGGCAUCGACCAGCUAGUUUUCCCUCCCGCUGCGUUGGCACCGCAAGGACUGCAGCAGGCCUCCUGGCCACGUCUUCCAGCGCAAGUGCCACCAUGACGCCACGUCGCGCUGCACUCUGGGACCAGCAGUACUACCUGGCAUCUCCAGUGUACUGCCGUGCUUCUGGUUCCGGCACGAAAGGCUGCGCUCCUGCAGAGUCAUGUGGGCUUCGACCGACCAGUUUUCGCUCCGGCUGGCCGGGCGCCACAAGGACUGCAGCAGGUGUCCUGGCCACGUCUUCCAGUGCAAGUGCCACCAUGAAGCCAUGUCGGGCUGCACUCGGGGACCAGUAGCACUGCCUGGCAACUCCAGUGUGCUACCGGGCUUGUGGUUCCGGCACGAAAGGCUGCGCUCCUGCAGAGUCAUGGUGGCGGCUGCGAGUGCCAGACCCACAGGUUGCCAAUGGUGGCAUUGCGGGCCUAUAGUUUGCUGGCAGUGUCACUGGACCCAUGCCACAUCUCGCUGCCCUGUGACCCUGCGUAUCACGAGCCGCACCAAGAGGUUACUGAGCGAGACCCGGGUCCGGAUCCAGAUAGCCAAUCCGGUGAUGGAUCAGAUGCUGAAGGACAAGUUGGAUGCGGUACGACAACUUCUUAUGCGCUGGACGGGUGUUCAGGACGUCCAAAUACAGCGACAGGAUGACUUCGACAACAAGUACAUUGUGGUGACGGCGAUGGGCCGAGACUGGCAGAUUUUGUUGCUUGAAGAGCUGCUCCUACAACGCUGGCUGCCACAGGCUAUUGACUGUGGAGACCUUCACAGGUUUCUAGGGAACAAUGGCCAGGCUGGCCCAGCAAAGUGGGGCUCUAGGAGCCUGGAAUCUGCACAGCGCUGAGUACUUUUUGCUCAAGUGGCCAACAUUGUGUGAUCAGGCAAGGCACCGUUUGAUAAGCUGUGAUAAAGAAAUUAUUCAUUUUGUUUUUAAUGGACACACCCAUCAUCAGAGGGGACUUGCGAACUCAAGACUGCAUGCAAUUUUCAAUUUCGUGAGACGUUAAUAGUGUUUACAUUUGAUUUUCUUAAGUGUGCUCUAGCAUGUGCGUGAGCUAAGAGUUCUUCAACAAGGUUGCCUAUGUGUGGGAUUCCGUGAAAAAUGCACACAUUGUUGGGAAUUGUACAAAUGAAUUCCUGUUUCCACACGUGCACUUGACGUGCACACUUGUUGCCUCUGUUUGUGUUGCAUUGGUGAAUGUACUCCGGAUUGAAAUACAGGAAAACAGUCAUUAGUGAAGCAUAUGUUGUAGAAUUACUUCAUUAUUUAUCAUACCCCUGCUUUUAAAAGACCUUUUUUAUACAAAGGCUCUCCAAGAGGUGGUAUAAUGUAUUGUGUUUAUGCUGUUUUGUAACCGGGUUUUUAUGUCCCACUGCCACUUUUUAACAUUGCCUUAGAAAUUGUUCUUGCCCUUUGGUAACAUACUAGUGUGCUUUCUCGUUGCAUUAAAACAAUUUUUUUUACUUGACAAA